AAUAGAAGCGAAAGUAAUGGAAUCAGUUAAUGUGUUACAUUUGGUGUUGCGAUUUAGGGAACGCGGCCUACUAAUUCACAAAACACAGUGAACCCAAAGCAAAAGAGGAGAUGAAUUUUAUUGAGUGAUUCCGAUUUGUUCUGCUUUUUGUCAAAUAGAAAUCGAGUUGAAAAAUAAAAUCAAAUCGAGUGCGUUUGCGGUGGUGGCGACGACACGACACAAAAGCGAGAACAUACAUGAAAACAGCAAACGUAGACGUCGUCGUCGUUCGAGGGCAAAGAGGAAUGUGAAAAAAAUGAAAAAUUGUCUAUGAUCAAUUUUACUGCCGUGAAGCGCUCCGAAUGCAGCUAGCUCUGAAGUGGUAUUGUUCUUGUUGUUGCUGUUGAUUUGGGCUUUGCGUGGAAAAGGCUGGUUGUACAGUUUUUUUUUUUCAUUUCACGUUUUGAGGAGAGUGAGCAGGAGAGCGCUAGAGCGUGUGCGUGUGCGAGAAGGAAGAGCCAAGAGUGCGCACCGAGUGUGCUGUGUGUGGUUUUUCAAAUAGUUCGAUAAUUGAGAGUGGUGUUUCAAGAGGAAUAGGAAGAAAAAAGUGGCUCUAGUGAAUUGGAAGAAGAUGCAAAUGUGAAGGAGCGCUGUCUCGAGAAGUUAAAAAUUGUACCAGUUGGGAGUGCGCUUUGCUCAGUCGGCGAACAGAAGAAAGUAAUGACCAAUCAAUAAUCGACAGUUUUUCCAACGUGGUUUUCCCAGUGAAUGUUCGAAAUUCGGGUGGAAAAUCGGAUUUGUUUGCUUGGAGUGUCGCUGUUGCUGCGGGUGAAAUCAGAAUAGACUGGAUCGCAGAUAUUUUCUCUAGCUUGGAUUAUGAGAAUUACUCCAUUAAUCAUGGGCGACAAGUAAAUAACACAACAUUUCGGUGGCGUCGACCGACGUCAAAAGUCGUUUUCGGGAAACGACGGUGGACGCAGCAAAUCGAAAACCUCGAAACGACAUGCCAGCAGACGAUGUGAGUGGCUAAUGUUGGUUGAGAUUUACCGCUGUACGCUGUGAUCAAAAAAGAGGACGCAAGGCAGUGUGAUACUUUUCAACAUCAGUGGUUCACUGCUAGUUUCAAUAAAAUAGAGAUUCAAACAAUUGUGUGUAGCGGAUACAUAAAGAAAAAAAACCUGUAUACUAUCGUAGAACCAUCGUAGUAGGCCAUGCUAGCAAGAUGAACAGAUACAGCAGGAGAAAAAGUAAAGGUGACCUCACUGAAGAGGUGAGCCAUAGUAGUAGCUGCCAGAUUCAGAACCAGUAUGACACACGACAGACUGUCGCCUCAAUGGCGGGUCACAUUACAACGAAGCGGCGGAAAUACAGGUUACUGAGUACCCGGCUAAAGCAGAUUCUGCCUAAUAUACGAACUAGCUCGUACCUAACGCUCGGUAUGCUCGUAUGCCUGCAGCUAUUGACAAUGUCCACCGUACUACACUGUGCCAAAACCUUCUAUAUGCACUGGAAUACGACCAACAGUAUAUUCCGGAUCGACAACACCGACCACAUCAUUGACGUGAACAAAGGGAACUCAGCAUUUGAGUACGAUCAGGUGCAUAUCAUUUGUCCAGUGUACGAACCGGGUACGUUCGACAACGAGACGGAGAAGUACAUUAUCUACAACGUUUCGAAGGUGGAGUACGAAACGUGCAGGAUCACCAAUCACGAUCCUCGGAUUAUAGCAAUCUGUGACAAACCGAACAAAUUGAUGUUCUUCACUAUCACAUUCCGGCCAUUUACACCGCAACCCGGUGGCUUAGAGUUCCUACCAGGGAAUGAUUACUAUUUCAUCUCGACCUCCUCGAAGGACGAUCUUCAUCGGAGGAUAGGUGGGCGAUGUUCCACUAACAAUAUGAAGGUGGUGUUCAAGGUGUGCUGUGCGGAUGAUCAGCAGCCUCAUGCGAACGUCAGUUCUAGUAACAAUAACGUAAUACCCUCGUCGACGGCAAUCGACGGUAGCAGUAGUAGCAGUAGUAGUGGGGGCGAUCUUGGAGGUCACUCCUCGAAUGGUGGUGGCAGCACUGGUGUAUCGAUAAACACCAACGUUGGUGGUGCUUCUUCGGAUGGAACGCUGUUCGACUCGUCAACACGGUUGCAUCCUUCAUCAACCGUCAACACCAGCCAGGGUAACAUCGUCCAGAGCACGGUGAACUGGCCAGUCUGGAAUGGGGGCAAUCAGCAGCCUCAUCGGCCAGUUCCUUCGACUCCUGCCAUCGGAGGAGGUAGCAAUGGUCGCCAUCAGCAUCAUUACACUCCGAUUCCGCCCCGAACGGCCAUCAACAACUACAAUAACAAUUACGGUGGCGGUUCUGGUUCCGGUGCUCAUAGUAAUAGUAAUAAUUAUAACAAUCCACCGUCCAAUGCACAUCAGAACAACAACAACAACAAACCGACGAAGAAGACGACCAGCAACAACGACUACGACAAACAUCCCAACGAAGUGGUCAAGAACGAAGAGCUGACGUACAACAAUUCGGCGGCAUCCAAUGGCAGCUUACUUGGAUUACUAGUAUUAGCGAUCAUCUGCUCGCAUCUUCACUUGCUGCUGCUUUCACCCAGUAGGAGCAGGACCAGCAGCAGUAGCAGUAGGCUUAGUCAAACCGCGGGGUUGCCAAAUACGUUGCCAUUGACGACGAGAUAGCACGUAAGCCAAUUCCUACUAACUUCAACUCGAUGCUAAUCAUGACACAUACUUCGAAUAACAAAAAACAGAAUCUUAAAACCCAGACCGUAACUCAAUUUGUAUUACGAUAGUCUCCCGGAACCGUAGCUCAAGCGAUGGUUCCACUGGAAGAUGCAAAUGCAAAUCAACGAUACUUGUAAAACAAGGCAGAGUCAAACACAAAAUAACACACACACAUAUAUAGAGCUAAAACACCGAACACCCACGUCGAUAAAAACAAACACGUAAGUUACGUUUCCUUGUUCGUGAAGGGAAACAAAGUAAAAAAAAAACAGUUAGAUGAUGGAAAAUUGCAGAUCAAGCAAAUAUCUAAUAGUCUUUAAUACUAGUGUGUAGUAGUGAGUGAUAUUAAUUUAAUAAAAGUAAAAGAAAAAAAAACCAGUAGGCAAACACAACACACACUGAAAACGUUAGAGAAAAAAAACUGCAAAAACACACUUUUAUGAAAACAUAGAAAAGAAAAAAAAAAUCAUUUUAGAAGUAAACCGAAGACUGAGAGAAUUGACAGCGCGAGCGUUUAUGAGCGAUUAUAGUAUUAUGCGAAAUUUGAAACGUUUUGAUGAAAAUCGAUUAAAGAAAAAAUCAAUGCAAACAUGCUACUGUUAUUAUUAUUUCUUUUUUGCGUGAAACUUCAAAAGAAAAACAUUUGUUGAAACAAAACACGGACGACUCUCGUUUACGGUGGACGCAAGGAUCAGUUGUUUUUG